AAGCGUGUCCAUAUGGAGAUACCCCUUACAUUGUUCCGAAAGAAAAAUCUGGUUGUUCCGAUCUUCUUGGAUCUCCUGCAACAACUUACAAUUGUUACCGUGAACAAAUCAGAGCAGACUGCUGUGCUACUUGUGAAGCUAUAAAGAAAAAUAACAGGGCGUAUGUAGAUUGUGACUAUGGAGAUAAACAGUCAUAUUGUGUAGGAAUGUCAUUACAACUGUGUCGAAAUACUGGUAACUUAGAAACUUGCUGUAAAACAUGCCAAGAUAUACGAUUAGAUAUUCCAGGUUGUCCUUGGGGUGAUGAAUAUACUGACUGUACUAUGAGUCAUUGCAUCGAUGAUUUUUCGAAAUGUUGCCAAACCUGUACCCCAACUACUACAGCUAUUUAUACUACAACGACCGCUAAAUCGAGCCGAGUGCAAGUUAGCCCCGCGUUAUUGUUCUGUUUGUUUUUAUAUCAAUUUUAUUCAGGCAUUAUGUCGAUAUGUUGAUAUAUUUAUUUUAAUUGUACUU